AUGGAGAAAUCCAAAAACUUUCGCAUUGACGCACUGCUGGCGCACGACGUGGAGCAGAGGACGGACAGCGACGGUGCGUCCCCCGGGUUUUUCUACAGCAGGAGCCCCGAUGAAAGUCCGGUGUCGAACCGCGGCUCAGAGACGCCCUCCCCUUAUCCAAACACUACGAACUCCUCUUCAGCCCCGCCGGGAGCCGUAUCCAAGUCCCAGCUCCUCAACCUGUCCCACUCAGGGUUCACUGCUCUGCAUCAAGUGGGUCUCAUCGGAAUGCACCCAGGCUCCAUGUAUCCUCUGGCGGCCCUCGGAGGCCAGAACCCCGCCUUCAUGUAUCCCGGCUUCACGCAGCUGGUCCAGCCAUAUCCGGACCAGAUGAAGGGUGCUACCGUGGCCGGAGCGCUGCCCCUGGAGCCCUGGCUCAGAGCCGGGUUGAUGAUGCCGAGACUCGGAGAGUAUGGAGCACCAGCUCAGGCAGGUUUUCUGGGGAAGUGUCGGAGGCCCAGGACAGCAUUCACCAGUCAGCAGCUGCUGGAACUGGAAAACCAGUUUAAGCUCAACAAGUACCUGUCCAGGCCUAAACGCUUUGAGGUGGCCACUUCUCUCAUGCUGACAGAGACUCAGGUAAAGAUCUGGUUCCAGAACAGACGCAUGAAGUGGAAGAGAAGUCGCAAAGCCAAAGAACAAGUAACCGCAACCUCGCUGACAGACACAGAAAGAACCAGGAUGGGCAUACAGAGCAUGAAGCCUCAUGGUUGCUCUCACAGGUUGAGCAUGGAGGACGAUGAUGAGAUUGAAGGGGAGGAUGAAGAUGAGAAAGAGGAGACAGAGGUGCUGAGGGAAGGUUCCUUAGGCCCCGUCAGCUUUACACGGCAUGCAGGAAGAGGAACAGGGAACUACAGCUCUUACUCUGAGGAGGAGCUAGAGGAGGGAGACAGAGGAACACGAAGUGGGGUUUUCCCACAGUUAUAA